UGUGUGUGUGUGUGUUCCAGGUUCACAGGAGGGUCAAAGUUCUUUUACAGAUGCUUAUUUUACUGUGUAAGGAAUCAUGGGUGAAGACAGAGAAACACAACAGAUAGACACCUGUCAUCAGCCGUCCUCUAAACCGUCUGGGUUCUUUGCUAAACUCCAGAGCUGCCCAAAACCAAACAGCUUUAUUGCGUCUGUCAUUACCAAAGCUGUGUUGGGUGCGCUGUUAUUGGGCUUGGUUUGGGCUGUGACGGGUCCUGCUUUUGCACCAGGUCAGAAUCUCUUUGGGUUGGUGAUUCUGUUUCUUUCUGCUGUGUGUGGAGGAAAACUCAUCAGUGUCUUCACUUUCCCCAACACACCUCCUGUACCUGCGCUCCUGGGAAUGCUGCUGGCAGGUGUUGUGUUGAGGAAUGUGCCCUAUGUCACAGACAGUGUGUAUAUUGAUCAGAAUUGGUCUUCGGCUCUUAGAAAUGUUGCGUUAGCUGUGAUUCUCACCAGAGCUGGGCUAGGACUCAAUGGUUCUGCCUUGCAUCAUUUAAAAGCAGUUUGUAUGAGGGUUGCUGUUGGUCCGUGUGUUGUCGAGGCUUGUACAGUGGCUGUUGUGGGUCAUUUUCUGCUGGAAUUACCCUGGAUAUGGAGCUUCCUUCUUGGCUUCGUUCUAGCUGCUGUUUCCCCAGCUGUAGUCGUUCCAUCCAUGUUACUUCUGCAGACACAAGGUUACGGCGUUCAGAAAGGAAUCCCCACCCUUUUGAUGGCUGCUGGGAGCUUUGAUGACAUUCUGGCCAUCACUGGAUUUACCACCUGCCUGGGCAUCGCCUUCGGAACAGGGUCAACGUGGAUGAACAUUGGUAAAGGAGUUCUGGAGGUUGUGGGGGGGAUUCUAGCAGGAGGAAUUCUGGGAAUUCUGCUCUAUUUCAUCCCCAGCACAAACCAGGCAGAUGUGGUGUUGUUGCGCUCGUGUCUGUUGAUGGGUCUGUCUGUGUUCAGUGUGUUUGCUGGUCACGCGGUGGGUUUGGCCGGUGCUGGUGGUCUCUGUACUCUUGUCUUGGCGUUUAUCUCUGGACUCAGUUGGGCAGAACAGAAGGCUCCAGUGGCUGCAGUGGUGAGCAGAUUCUGGGAUGUCUGUCAGCCGCUCUUAUUUGGCCUGAUUGGAGCGGAAAUCAACAUCUCAUCCCUCAGUGUUUAUACUGUUGGGUUGGGUGUGGCCACUCUGAGUGUUGGGUUGCUGGUUCGAAUGUCAAUGACAUUUAUUGUGGUUUUGUUCGCUGGUUUCAAUGUUAAGGAGAAGAUCUUUAUAUCUCUGGCUUGGAUGCCUAAAGCCACAGUGCAAGCUGCUAUAGGAUCCAUGGCUCUGGACACGGCCCACAGCACUGGAGAUGAGCAGCUGCAGUAUUAUGGGAUGGAGGUUCUCACUGUGGCUGUUCUUGCCAUUCUGAUCACUGCACCAGUGGGUGCGCUUAUAAUCGGCCUCACAGGACCUAAAUUACUGCAGAAAUACACAACUACACACCAGCACAUAAACACACAAGAUCAACGUGUGAAAACUUGUGACAUCGGCAGCCUGGAGUCCAAACUCUGAAGCACAAUAAUCUCAACUUAUAAACUCAACUCUCAUUACUGCAGCAGUUUUGAGAAUUCACAUCAUCGCUCUCAAAUCCCUUCAGAAUCGAUUUUAAACUCUUGUUUAUAGUUUUUCAGUCUUAAUGUAAUAAAAUCCAUCACAACAUGCUUAAGGUUUUUAAGCUCUCAUCUUGAGGAUUUUAUUUGUGUGCUGUCAUUUAUUUUUG